AUGGGCUGCGUCAUCUCGCCGCUCACCUUCACGCUCUUCUUCAGAGCAUUCGACGACAUCGGGAACCCGGACGGGUACUGGAAGGCCCCCUACGCGCUGAUGUUCAGGAACAUGGCCAUCCUCGGCGUGCGGGGCGUCUCGGCGCUGCCGGCGCACUGCCUGGAGCUGUCGGUCGGCUUCUUCGCGUUCGCGGUGGCCACCAAUGUCGCGAGGGACUUCUUUGAUGCCGCGCAGCAGGUACAGGAGAUGGACAGCGCGGAGGCGGAGCUGCUGGUGCCCGCCGUCGCGUCCGGUUUCAUCUGCGGAGACGGGAUAUGGACCUUCCCGUCUUCGUUGCUCGCUCUUGCCAAGGUGAAGCCUCCGAUCUGCAUGAAGUUCUCGCCAGGAAGCUAG